CGCGCUUAUAAAUAUUUAUCCAUCGAGUCCGAGCUUAACCAACGCUCUGCGUAGUCUGGAGUCUGUACAGCUCAGACCCAUCACCGACGGUACCAACCGUUGGGGGUGUUAGUGAAAUAAAAUCCCCAUUCUGGAGAUUAGGCUAGGUUCGAGGUCUUGAUCCGGUGCGAAUCUAAGGAAGAGCAAGCGGCAUAUCACAAUGAAGGCACUUAUUCUCGUUGGAGGGUUUGGAACAAGGCUGAGGCCAUUGACACUAAGUUUCCCCAAGCCGCUUGUUGAUUUUGCCAACAAACCUAUGAUCCUUCAUCAGAUAGAGGCUCUUAAGGCUAUCGGAGUCACUGAAGUGGUUUUGGCUAUUAAUUAUCAACCAGAGGUGAUGUUGAACUUCUUGAAGGAUUUUGAAACAAAGCUUGGGAUCAAGAUCACUUGCUCGCAAGAGACCGAGCCACUCGGCACUGCUGGUCCUCUGGCUCUUGCUAGGGACAAACUAAUAGAUGAAUCUGGUGAGCCAUUUUUUGUCCUCAACAGUGAUGUUAUAAGUGAAUACCCACUUAAGGAAAUGAUAGCAUUCCACAAAUCCCAUGGAGGGGAAGCUUCGAUAAUGGUCACCAAGGUGGAUGAGCCAUCAAAAUAUGGUGUGGUGGUUAUGGAAGAAUCUACUGGGAAAGUUGAAAAGUUUGUCGAAAAACCAAAACUAUUUGUUGGUAACAAAAUCAAUGCUGGAAUUUACCUGUUAAACCCCUCAGUUCUGGAUCGAAUUGAACUGAGGCCUACCUCAAUUGAGAAAGAGGUCUUUCCAAAGAUUGCAGCAGAGAAAAAGCUUUAUGCUAUGGUGCUACCAGGAUUUUGGAUGGACGUUGGACAACCGAGGGAUUAUAUUACUGGCCUGAGACUCUACCUAGACUCAUUGAAGAAGAAAUCCCCGUCAAUGUUGGCCACUGGCCCCUACAUUGUGGGGAAUGUUAUAGUAGAUGAGACCGCCAAAAUUGGCGAGGGGUGUUUGAUUGGACCCGAUGUUGCAAUUGGCCCUGGUUGUGUUGUUGAGUCUGGAGUUAGGCUCUCUCGCUGCACAGUAAUGCGGGGAGUCCGCAUCAAGAAGCAUGCUUGCAUUUCCGGCAGUAUAAUUGGAUGGCACUCCACUGUUGGGAAAUGGGCCCGAGUAGAGAACAUGACCAUUCUUGGGGAAGAUGUACAUGUCUGUGAUGAAAUUUACAGUAAUGGUGGUGUGGUUUUGCCCCACAAAGAGAUCAAAGCAAGCAUUUUGAAGCCAGAGAUCGUAAUGUGAGGGGAUGUUUGUGAAAUUAGUUUAUUUGUGUUUGGGAAGUAGUAAGUUACUGGGUCUGAAUUGUGUGUGUUCUUUUCUCAUCUCUGCAAGGCGUACAAAGUCGGUUUCUUUCUGGAAUUCGGAGUGAUGUGAGUUAAAAAGCUGAAGGGUCAGUUACUUUUAUGGAGGGCAGAUUAUCCACAUCGAUGCGAUGUUUUAAUCAUUGGUGUAUAUGUAGUAAUAAAUUAUUUGUUGGUUUGCCCAACCUUGUGUAACUUACCAAGAUGGGUCUUUAUUUAUGUAACAUUUUUUAAUCAGGUAUCGGUGCAAUGUCCCAGUGUUUGUAUUGAA